CUAUGCUCUUCAACUGUGAAAAAGAGUUCCAGUGAGAAGAGAGCAGUGCUGUGCUUAUCUGUACCUUUCUCUUACUUAUAACAUAUCUUUUGGUGUCGUUCUUUUAAAAGCUUUUUUUUCUUCUUCUUUUUUGUCAGAACUUCUGCUUUAAUCUUAUAUGUCAGCCUUUUUACCUGACACCUGAGAAAAGUUCAUUUUUCUUUAUUGUAAAGCAUUUAAAAGAACAAACAAAAUGGGACAAAGUCAUGGAAAACACUUGAGCAUAAUGAGGACAUUAACUGUCUUAAUGGAAAAAAGGAGACAUACUCAGGAGGAAUGACAUCGUGGGAAGAAGUUGUACUCAGACGAGAUAUACAGACGCCAAGAGGAGAGGAUUUUCAAAGAUGGACGGUACAGGAGAAGAGGCGGUACAGGAUAGGAGGAGAGGAGGAGCGGAAGGCUUAAGAUGGCGUGAGGACCGAAGCCGGUGGUUGGUUUGAUCUAAGCCACGUGUGCGUCCAGCCACGUCUCUUCGCCGCUUCAUGGAUGGCGACGAAACGUUUGCUUCCUCUGAUGGCCGCUCUCUUCGGUCCCGGACCAGGCUGUUCACGGGGUUUUAGCUCAGCAACUGAUAUCAGGAACUAAAUGAGCCAAUCAUUGCACAAAGCAGGCAUGAAACUAAGAAAAUGACUUUCAAUGCAAUCAGCACUCGAUGGAACAAGAUCUACUGACAUGUCACUCUGCUCAAGGAAGUGGUUCAACGAGGGAUUCAGGCAGAGGAAUGAGCACUACCUCCUGAACAAAUGGCAUCCAUGAAAUCUGCUCUGUCUCCCUCUCUAUCACUGGCCAUGAGUGUAACUGGAAGCUGAUAGCAUGUGAUCAACACUACUGUGGGACCCAGCAUCCUGCUGCUAUACCACCUCAAUAAAACCUAGCCGUCUUUGUCGGAGAAAAUGGCAGAUGCGGGCUUCUGGCUCUGGACCGACGACAAGUUCCAGGCCGCAGAUUUGCUGACGUCACCAUUAGCAUCACUCGAUCUCGUGGACGAGAAAACCAACCAAACGGGGGAUGAACCUGAACCCCAUUCUGCAUGUCCUCCGAUAACGUCAUCACCAUCCAGCCAAUCACAACAGGAGACGGGGAUGUCUUCUGCAUCAUGCUGCAGUCCGUCACCAGCAGAUCAAGUGCCAAGGAUGAACAGAAAUGACAGCGAGGCUAAAUCUCCGGCAGCGUUUCUGCAGGACCUUUCCACCAUCGCAGAUGCUGAUAAUGAUGUGUUUCAAGACUUGGAAAAUGUCUCCAUGGAAGACGGGAUCCAACCCAAUAACAUCAUCACCAAAGCGAUGGCAGCGUGUGAUUCCUGCUUGGAGCAAAAGCAGCUGGCUGAUGCAGAGUGGUACUGGGGCAACAUCGAAAGAGAUGAAGUGAAUGGAAUGAUGAGAAACAAACCCGAUGGCACGUUUUUGGUCCGUGACGCUUCCAGCAAGGUCGAGAGGGAAUAUACACUAACACUGAGGAAAAAUGGCUCCAAUAGACUGAUUAAGAUCUUCCAUCAUGGAGGGAGGUAUGGCUUCUCCGAGCCAUUGACCUUUCCUUCUGUAGUGGACCUUAUUCAGUAUUACCAGCACACUUCACUGGCCCAGUACAAUUCUAAACUGGACACACGACUGCAGUUUCCCAUCUCCAAAUAUCUGCAGCAGGCUGUGAUGGAGGUCGACAUUGAGGCAGUUGGAGAACGGCUCAAGGUAUUUCAGGACCAAUAUGAAGAGAAGAGCAAAGAGUAUGACCGUCUCCAUGAGGAGCUGAACCAAACAUCACAGGAACUGCAGACUAAACGGAUGGCCAUUGAGGCUUUUAGUGAAAUCAUUCGGAUUUUUGAGGAGGAGUGUGAAACGCAGGAACGCUACAGCAAGGAGUACAUCGACAUGUUCCUCAAAUUAGACAACAAUACGGAGACUGACAAGAUGCAGAACAACCCUGAUGAGCUGCAAUUGAGAGUGGAGGAAAUACACAACAGCAAAAUUAAAUUGGAGGAGGAAUUAAGGAGGAAGGUGAUGGCCCACACAGAGGUUGACAGAAAAAUAAACCACUUGAAGCCAGACCUUGUGCACCUCAGGAGGAUCAGAGAUCAAUAUUUGUUCUGGCUCUCUCAGCAAGGAACCAGGCAGAGCCAGAUUGAUGACUGGCUUGGCGUACGGCAUGAAGAAGACCCGUACACUCUAGCAGAUGAUACGCACCAUGAGGAGAGGACAUGGUAUGUUGGAGGUAUGACUCGGAGGGAGGCAGAGGAGCUUCUGAAGGGCAAACGAGAUGGCACCUUCCUCAUCAGAGAUAGCCAAAGUCAAAGAGGAUCCUUUGCCUGCUCUGUUGUUGUGGACGGGCAUGUGAAGCACUGUGUGAUCAACAGGACAUCCACAGGCUACGGCUUUGCUGAGCCAUACAACCUGUACUCAUCACUCAGAGAGCUGGUCCUCCACUAUCAGCACACAUCGCUGAUCCAACACAACCAGCAGCUGAAUGUAACCCUGGCCUGGCCUGCUCUCAGCCAGCAGCCCAGCUGAGAAACCACCAGCAUGUCACACUGAUAGCACUUUCUCAACGCUUCACUGUAUGAGCACUCAGAAAAAAAUGAAGAAAAAAAGAGGGACACCUUUAAUCAGCUCAAACUGAAAAAAUGAUGAUGCCGCAUCAAAAUACAAAAAAAAAAAGCCCACCACCAUUUCCAAUGUUCCAAAGCAGUUGAAAUUAUAUUUAUAAAAAACGAAAGUGUGUAAAAUAUAUUAAAUUGUUAACUUUAAUAACCAAAUAAUUCAUGCUCACUUGUUUUAUUUAAAAUUAAAUAAAAUACAUUUCAAAAUGUUACACAUACUGUACAUGUAAUUGUUUUUAUUUUGUAUUUUAAUUUAAUAUUUGUAUUUUAUUAAUUACAAUAAACCAAUUAACUUUAAAAUGUUUCUUUAAUUAAAUCAACCAAUACAAAAUGAAUAAAUACAUUUUAAUUAACCAAUUUUAGGCAAAAUACAUUUGCUAAAUUAAUGCAAGAAAUAGUACAGGACUCUUGGUAAUGUAAAUGGUUGUUGGGCCAGAUUAAAGAAUAGAUCGGGCCGUUUCUCAAGACUAAAAUCAACUGGAUUAUUUCAUUUGUCUGGCAUGUUUCUCAUUCAUUUUUGUUUCUCAGUUGCCGGUUAAAAGUGACCGGUGAAAUAUUAUUUUUAAAUCAUUCCUAGAGAUGCACUGAUUGUCUGAUUUACCAACUCUGAUUGACUGUCAGUGAAAACACAGAUUUUUCAAGUAAAAUAUUGCAAAAUAUAUUGGACAACAUCCAGUGCCAGUAUUCUCAUUGAUUUUAUGCUACUAUAGAGGAGGUGAGAUCGUGAAUAGCUCUGUUAUAUUUAACUGCUUGCGCCUUUAAGUGUUGUCCCUUUUUUCAGAGUGAUGAUGGUGUCAAGUAUUUCAGAGAUCUUCCCAUUAUUUAUAGUUUAAAUCUCAAGACUGAUAGAUCAACAACUGUUCAAUCAAUUAGUGCACCUCUAAUAUUUAUUGUUCAUUCAUGUUUCUUUUACCCAUAGAAUUUUGGAUUAGCAUACUAACUUGUUUUAUUGUAAAUUAAGGUAGGUCAAAAUAAUACCAAAUGUUUAGAUUUCAGACAGUUUUGACAGGUGAAAUCAAAGCAGAAAAGUGUUUGAAAAUGAAGUGUUUAAGGUCAUGUUGUGGUAAAAUUUCAAAUCCACACACACACAAAUGACAACGUUCAUUACAAACCUUUUUCUUUUUUGUUUAAGGUAGGCCUAUCUAAAUAUGUUUGUAUUGAGGUAUUUGUUCUAAAUACAUGCAUGCACACAUGUAUGUUCCAUAUGUUUGAUAUGUUGAUAGUUUCCCUGUGUUGUGGGUACAUACUUGAUCAUGAUUUCGAAAGAUUAGAUCAUUGAACUGACCCAAAAAAGGUAAAAUGUUCAUACUUAACUUAAUAGAUUCUCCCUUUAGGUUACGCCUGUGUGGCAAACAUGGGAUUUCUUUCAUAAUAAAAUUAGAUAUAGGCUCAUUCUUUUACUGUAAAAAACAAAAAAGAAAAUCCACUUCAUGGUUAUGCUUGGUCCCCAUUGCACCUUAAGUCGCACAAGACAACGCGUGCGCAUUGCAGCACUGUGAAAAGUUAAAACACAAUGACAAAGGCGCGUGAUACCAUUUUAAGUGUUAUAAUGAAGAGAUGAGAUGAGAGAUGAGAACUGACCACAAAGCAGAAUAAUGAAUUGAUUAAAAAUGCACAAUAUGAACUAGAGCAACAUUUGUUUUGCUGAUUCUAAUGCAUCUGCAUUUAUAGAUCCAGGUUAAAUGAUUUGGACUGGAGAAAGUAAUCCAGGAAAUUAUGGAUUAAAAGUGCCUUUGGGUGGUUUUGUAAUGAUAUUUAUAUUUGCAAAGUAAAAGCAAAACAAAACGUCCAUUAGGGGUAUUGGAAGGUUAGCUUUCAGAUCACUCAUGACUUCUGCUUUCAGGAAGCUUUUGUUUCUGUUCUGUUGACAAGUAGAAUCGAAAUCCAAUACACUUUCAUCGGUGCAGAGUAGCAACGUUAGUAUGAGUUGUUUGAAGCAUUUGUGAGGUACAAUCAAAACAGUGGUCCGUGAUAAGGAUUCUUAGUCUCUCGAAACAUGUUUACAUUUCAGAUCUUUCCAGGUCCUGUCAGCCCUGGACAGGUUUGUUCUCUUUGAUUGUGCUCUCUGAGUGGAGGUGGACUGGUGCUCAUCAAAUAACACUUAAUGACUCUAAAUUAUUUUUAUAGUAAUAAACUAACACCAUUGAGCAGUACAUUAUGACCUAAAUGGAAAAGGUUGUCUUAGGGGUAUGUACAUUAGUCAAUACAAUAUAAUUAAUGGUCUGUCGUGUGUCACCCACCACACUCUCAAGUUUGAAGCAGUUUUUAUUAUUAUUUUUUUUUUUUAAAUUACACAGUGUGUGCUUGGUCUCAGUCACUCGGUGCUUAGGGUUAGAGACAUGCAUGCCUGGCGGGAUCUGCUGUGUACUUGAUAACCCGUAAGCGCUGCUACUGCACAGAUUGUGGACUGAUCUAUGUGCUUGGUAACUCUUGAAGCUCCAAAAUGUGAAGUUUGUUAUUGUGGUGAGAUCAGCGCUAUCGAACAAACAGCACAAGUCGUGUACACUAGGACUUACUGUAGGUCACUUAAUGGCAGGGGUUCUCAAACAUUUUGGGUCCAACGAGAAAUUUUUCCACGGAUACCCUCAUGAUCGUAACGACCACUAAGCAUAACUACCAUGUGUACCCCUAAAAGUCAGAAGAAAUAAAAAGUUGCAGAUUUUUGAAAAACAAAAAAAUCUGUAACGAUACAAUAACAAAGCUAUACCUUAAAGACAACAAAAAGUUGCAAUGUUAUGAGAAUUACUGACAGUCGUAUUUUUCCCAGAUAAAGUCACAGUAUUAUGAUAUUAAAGUUAAAGUUGAACAAGGGAAUAAAAUAAAAUUUUAAGUGAAUUUAAACAAAAUUAACUUUAUUCUCAUAAUAUUGCCUUCUAUUCUAUUAAAAAAAAAAAUUAUCUUAAAAAAAAAAAUAAUAAUAAUAAUUUAUUGCUAAUUAUAUUGUUGAGCCCAAAGCCUUGAGAACCCCUGGUCUAUUGGCAUAUUGUGUGAUACAUACUCAGUCAGUUAGUACGUUGAGUGCUUGUAUUGUUGUUUCUGUUCUACACAUUAUCAUAUAUGCACGUAUUAGACAAAAGUGAGUGUUUGAUGAAAGAUAAUAUAUUAAAUAUGUAUGCACAUUACAAGACUUGCACAGCAGCUCUAAAAUGGGGGCAAUUUGAAGCACAGAAUUUGCACUAAUACGUCUGAAUUGAUGUAGAUGAUGAGGGCCGUCUUCAUGCUAUCAUGUCAUGUUAUUUGUCUUUCGAAGCAAGCCGAUUUGUGAUGGUGCUAAACGUGUUGAGUGAUGUCUUAUGACUGACAGAGGACUCAGAGACAGUGUUUGCGUGUGGCAUCCUUACCAUGAUCACAAUAGUAUUUUAUUAUUUUAUGUAGACAACGUUGUAAUUGUGGGGUCUCUCUUUUCUGUUGCUGUUGUGUUUUGUACCUUAAAUGUUUCAUCACUGUGUGGAAAGAAAUACAAUAGCCUAGUUAAAUCCACUUAAAAUGGUCACUUUGUUUUCUGGUAGCAGUGAAAGCUCAUUCUAAUGGCCAUGUGCAUGAACAAACCAAUUUAAAAAGGAUAGCCAUUGAGAUGGUCUUUAAAAUACCUCAGAUUUUCUUACAAGCUUAAAAAAAAAAAAUACUCAGGCCUCGAAAUUGGGUUUUUGACUGAUCUGACAUAUACCAGUAGCACAAGAUCCUAUUAGUUUGUGGUGUGGAUGAUUAAAAUGACGAAAUAAUGACAGUGGGCGUGGUUCGGGGAACCAAAUGUUUUUUGAAAACAUAAAAGGUCAUAUGAAUAUGAUGGCCCUUUGGUGGGAGUGCUCUAAUUAAUCGAAUUUUACACAACUGUAAAGACAAUUAACCUUUACAAGUCAUCAGAUUAUCAACAUUUUUAGAGGGUUAGCCGGAUGUUGGUAGAUGUUAUAUGUUUGGGAAAUGGUUAUGCAGAAUGAGUGUGGAUUUGGCAUAAAUGAAUUGCCAUAAGAGGGCUCGUUUUGGGAAAUGAAAUAUGGAUUAGUGUGAUUAAGGGAAGUGUUACAAAGAGAGAUGUUAUCUUUAAUGUUGUCGAUCCAUCAAACAGAGUAUUCCAAACCACAACAAAACCCUGUCAACAGCAGAUAAACCAGAAGACUUAUUUAGCAAGAAAAUAGCCUGUGACUUUAUACAUAAGGGAACGUUUCGUUUCAGUUUGAGCUGUGCAUAUGAUGAAAUACCUCUACCUUUUUUUGAAGUACACACAACAAAGUACGUACUGUUUUUUGUGUCCUUGGCUUGUUGCUGUUGUGACCGUAGGAAUUUGUCCCUCUGUUUUGAUCCAAAUCAUUUAGCUGCACUUAAUAGUCCGUUGCUGUGAAGAAAUAUAGGUUCACGUAAAUGUUUGUUUACUAUUUAAAAUUAUGCAAUGACACUGUGCGAGUGUGUGUUGUGUCGUGGUAGUUUGUCUUUCUUUUAGGAGUCAGUCAUCUCAAGAAAUGUGUGGGUUUAAAACGUUUAAGUUGGUGUGAAAUUCCCUGUCCUUGUUUGCCUUCUUACAGAGUAACCUUUGUCCAUGUAUGCACUUUAACUACCAAAUAAAGUCA